GUGGCGACAGACAAGGUUGCAGGGAAGCUGAGCUCCACUCUCUCAUGGGUGAAGAACACGGUAUCGCACCGAGUCAGUCAAAUGGCCAGUCAGGUGGCAAGUCCAUCGGCCUCACUGCACACUACAUCCUCCUCUACCACGCUGUCCACGCCAGCAUUAUCACCAUCGUCACCACCACAGCUGAGUCCAGAUGACCUGGAAUUACUGGCUAAGCUUGAAGAACAGAACAGGCUUUUGGAAACUGAUAGCAAAUCUUUGCGAUCAGUAAAUGGCUCAAGAAGAAAUAGUGGAUCUUCUCUUGUGUCUAGUUCAUCGGCGUCUAGUAAUCUCAGCCAUCUUGAAGAAGACUCAUGGAUCCUUUGGGGAAGGAUUGUAAAUGAAUGGGAAGACGUACGGAAAAAGAAAGAAAAACAAGUUAAGGAGCUCGUGCGAAAGGGGAUACCCCAUCACUUCCGCGCAAUCGUGUGGCAGCUCCUGUGCAGCGCCCAGAGCAUGCCCAUUAAGGAUCAGUAUUCAGAGCUCUUGAAAAUGACCUCUCCUUGUGAGAAACUAAUAAGAAGGGACAUUGCCAGAACAUACCCUGAACAUGAUUUUUUUAAAGAAAAAGACAGCCUUGGACAGGAGGUUUUAUUUAAUGUAAUGAAGGCUUACUCAUUAGUGGAUCGUGAGGUUGGAUACUGUCAAGGAAGUGCUUUUAUAGUGGGAUUAUUGCUUAUGCAGAUGCCAGAAGAAGAAGCAUUCUGUGUGUUUGUUAAGUUAAUGCAAGAUUACCGACUACGAGAGCUGUUUAAACCGAGCAUGGCUGAGCUGGGCCUUUGUAUGUACCAGUUUGAAUGCAUGAUACAGGAGCAUCUUCCAGAGCUUUAUGUGCACUUUCAGUCUCAGAGUUUCCAUACUUCUAUGUAUGCAUCAUCAUGGUUUUUAACUAUAUUUCUUACAACUUUUCCACUACCGAUUGCAACAAGAAUAUUUGAUAUCUUUAUGUCUGAGGGUUUAGAGAUAGUAUUUCGAGUAGGUUUAGCAGUGCUUCAGAUGAACCAAGCAGAGUUACUGCAACUUGACAUGGAGGGAAUGUUACAGCACUUUCAAAAGGUCAUUCCACAUCAGUUUGACAGUGGUCCAGACAAAUUAAUCCAAGCAUCUUACCAAGUCAAAUACAAUGCAAAAAAGAUGAAAAAGUUAGAAAAGGAAUACACUACAAUAAAAACAAAAGAAAUGGAAGAACAAGUUGAAAUUAAAAGGUUACGAACUGAAAACAGACUUCUGAAACAGCGCAUCGAAACGUUAGAAAAAGAAAGUGCUUCCUUGGCAGAUAGAUUGAUACAGGGACAAGUGACAAGGGCCCAGGAGGCUGAGGAAAACUACCUCAUAAAACGGGAGCUGGCCACCAUCAAACAGCAGAGUGAUGAGGCCAUUGCUAAACUGGAGCAAGCUGAGAAAACCAUCAGGGAGCUCCAGCAGCAGCAGCAAUGGCAUAAAUGCAGUUCACGAUACAGUGAAGACUUUGUGCUACAGCUGGAAAAGGAGUUGGUUCAAGCCAGACUGAGUGAAGCUGAAUAUCACUGUGCCCUGAAGGAGAUGCAAGAUAAAGUUCUAGAGAUGGAAAAGAAACCUCUAUUCAUAAUUGCAAGCUGCUUUUCAAAUCCAAAUGUCCUACGAGAGGUCUGUGAAGAACAGAUUGCUUGUCUCCUGUUACUAAAGCCUGCUGCUGUGGAAAAUUUGAAUUCUGCAGUCUUCACAAGGAACAGCUCUCUACCUGAUGAAGAAAACGUUGCUAGAUUACAAGAAGAACUGAUUGCAGUAAAACUAAGGGAAGCAGAAGCUCUGAUGGGUCUCAAAGAACUAAGGCAGCAAGUCAAAGAUUUGGAGGAACACUGGCAGCGUCAUCUAGCUCGCACAACUGGAAGAUGGAAAGACCCUCCCAGAAAAAACACUGUGAAUGAACUCCAGGAUGAGCUCAUGACAGUGCGAUUGAGAGAAGCAGAGACUCAAGCAGAACUUAGAGAGAUCAAACAAAGAAUGCUGGAGAUGGAAACACAGAAUCAGAUCAACAGUAACCACUUACGCAGGGCGGAACAAGAGAUUGCCAGCCUUCAGGAAAAAGUGCAGUGUCUUUCUGCACAGAACAAGGGACUCCUCGCUCAGUUGAGUGAAGCAAAACGAAGGCAAGCAGAGAUUGAAUGCAAGAGCAAAGAAGAAGUGAUGGCAGCAAGGCUCCGUGAGGCAGACCGCAUUGCCGCUGUGGCUGAGCUCCAGCAGCAUGUCGCUGAAUUAGAAAUCCAGAAAGAAGAAGGAAAAAUUCAAGGACAGCUUAAUAAGUCUGACUCUAACCAAUAUAUCAGAGAACUGAAAGAUCAGAUAGCUGAGCUGCAUCAUGAGAUCAAAUGCCUAAAAGGCCAGAGAGACUUAUCAGACCAACGCACUUUUGAUGGGAUUCACAUUGUCAACCAUUUCACAGGAGAUGAUGAAUCAUUUCAUUCUUCUGAUGAAGAUUUUAUAACUAACUCCAUACAGGAGAGUGGAGUGAACUUUCACCUAUGUAGAAGGACGGCUCAGGUGGCUUUGGAUCCAACAAUUGUAGACAGCAGUGAUAGUGAUACUGAGGAAAGUGCCCUCCAAACUGAGAAUUCAGGCAAAGUUAUUUCCAAGCAGAGAAGAAUGGAGUCUUACUCUACUACUGUGUGAUCCUCACUGUGACUAGAACUGAAGGCUUUCAUAUUUUUUCAAGGGUUAAACUGUCAGAAAAAUUGAAAGUAUCUAGCAGCUGGUUUAGAUACCUGUUGGAGCUUGUCUGGCCUGUACUACACUUGUGUAUACUAUCUGUCUGCCUUGUCUCUUUGCCAAAUCUUGCUGAUGACACACCAUUGCCAUAGAACAGGCUAGGAAGAAGUUGAUGGAUGACAGUUGUAACAGUAUUACUGAAUGUUCCUUGUUUCAGAUAAUGCAAAUAUAUUCCUUAAUGCAUACCGUUUUUGC